AUGUUUUUGUUGCUGUGUGCUCUUUUGGUUUUUACAGGUUGCAGUGGGACUUUAGUUGUUUCGGUCAUGCCUGAAGUGGAAGUGAUGAAAGGACAGACAGCCAAGCUGCCCUGCACGUACACCGGCUCAAAAUCAAGCAGUACUAUUGCGGAGUGGUACAUUGACGAGCAGGGAACAACGACACGCGUGGCUUUUCAGCCCCACAAUGGACCGGCAAAAAAUGACGAUGUCACCCGUUUUGGAAAACGGGUUACUAUUGGAGCGGACUUCAGUUUGAUCAUCUCUCCUGUUGAACCUUCUGAUGAGCUUCCCUUUCUCUGUCGUGUCACCGACGGCCCAGAGGGGUUUAAAGAGAGCGAGUCACUGCUCAAAGUCUUCUUUGCACCAGAGAAGCCAGUGCUCACAAAGACAUCACAUCAGGCCAUUUCAGUUGGGGAUACUACCAGCUCAGAGAUUGAAACCUGCGAGGCAAGGAAUGGACACCCUCAGCCAAGGAUCAUCUGGUUCAAAAACAAGGAGCCCCUUCCUGAAGUCAAAGACAAAAGCGAGAAGACCUACAUGGUUCCCUCAGUGGUGAAAGAGGCAUCAGGUCUCUUCACCAUAACGAGCACCCUGUACAUGCAGCCCACCAAAGAGGACAAGGACUCAGAGUUUCACUGUGUCGUGGAGUACGCUGUACCAGGAGGACAGAUUAAAAAGAAGGACUCUGACAUCGCCAAAAUCAACCUCAACUAUCCUUCGGAGAAAGCUACCUUUCUUCUACUCAAUACGAAUCCAGUCAAAGAGGGGGAUAACGUGGACAUGAAAUGUGAGACCGAUGGAAAUCCUCAGCCUGAGUUUGACUUCUUCAAAAAUGGAGAAAAGAUCGCUGGUCAGGGUGGGCUUCUGACACUGAAAUCUGUCAAGCGCACUGAUUCUGGGGAAUACGAAUGCACGGCCACAGACUUUGAUAACCUUGAUGCUGACCUGACAGGAACAAUCACCCUCACUGUCAACUACAUUGACCCCAUGGAAGUGACCCCAAAAAAGCCUCAAGUUGUCAUGCUUGGAGAGAAGGUGGAAUGGCAGUGCAGGACCAAGGCAUCUGAUUUGCAUACAGUUCAUUGGAAAAAGGGCUCUGAGAUACUCUCGCAAGACGGCACUCUGUCAAUACAGGAUGUUACCUACGACCAAGCGGGAGAGUACAUGUGUGUUGGAGCUGUUCCAUCUGUGCCAGGUCUUACAGCCCUGGCCAGUGUCAACCUGACUGUCAAAGGAAAACCGGUGAUUGAGGCGCCUGCUCCUGGAGAGGUGGGGAAGGAAGGAGACACAGUCACUCUGAAGUGCUCGGCUCAUGGUUCACCUACUCCUCAGUUCACCUGGAAGCCUUCUGGAAAAGAGUCCAUAUCGGUGGAAGGUACCAAGAUGGUGAGCACUGUGACCCUACCCGCCACGACCGACAUCUUAAAGAACGGGGUGACUUGUGAGGCCUACAACGAGCACGGAACAGAUAGCAAGAUGUUCCCUGUGUCUCUCAAGCGAGCAAUUGACAACUCGGCUGAAGGUAGAGCCUUCUCCCUCCUCCUUCUGUUCUCCUCCCUUCUCUCAGGAUUCUAUGUUGUACAGACCCUGUAAUUUAGAAAUCUUCCCUAGAUCCAUCUCCUCUAGCCCAUGCCCUUCCAUAUCUCUCUCUCUCUCACACACACACACACACAACACAGUCCACACACACCUUCUUCUGCUGUACUGUAAUCUUGUAUAUUUGUCCUAUUGCUACCGAACACUGUGGAUAUUGUAUAUUGUUAUUCUUCUUCUCUCGUCACCUUUGUAUGAUGUCUGUCCUAUAUUUUGUGGAUGCUAAUACAACUUUUUGUGGCCCCUUGGGGACAAUAAAGAACUCUAUUCUGUUCUAUUUCUUCCAUUCCUUUCCUUGUUUCUUUACUGUGUCUUUUUGGUCUCAAAAUCUUUCCGACUGCCUUCUCGUUUCCUGCUUUUUUUCCUUUCCUCAUGCUGUAUGUGGGUCGUGAAACUUGGGCUUGUUUGUGCGUGUGCUCUCAGCACUGUGUGUUUUGGUUGUUGCUUUGCUCUGCUAUGGGACUGAGAAACUCUCUCUCUUUCAAAGUGCUGCUCUCUGGAAACCCUGUGCUAAAGUCAGGUCUGUAUGGCUAACCCUUUUGACAUGUGUACGGUGUUUGUCUAGAUGUGUAAGUCGCUGUGUGUGUAGCGAUGUCUGUGUACACACACAGGGUUAUGUCUUGGUUUUCACAAGAGUUCAUCUUUUUGUGUAUAUAUCUGUAGCCUACUUGUAUUACUGUAGUUGAGAGGACAGGUUUUAGGUUAAAAAAGACAAUAUACUUGGAAAAAACUAAAAAUGCUAUUGCUCGGGUUAAAUUAAUAAUUUGACCAUUGAUCAUUUCUAAAUAAUACCCUUCACAAAUAAACAUAUUCAGCACACUGAUAUGUGUUGAAUGUUAAUACAACAUGAUAAAUUUAGGUAAACCUGGGCUCUACUAAGAGUAUUCAACCCUACUUCAAGUUAUAUCACAUGAUCCAAUUUUAGUUUUAGUUUACAAAACUCUUGCAAAAUUGAACAAAAAUAGUCUUCAAAUAUUUCUUGCAGGGAAAAUUAAGUCAAAUACAUUUAAUGUUUUCUGCAAAAAGAAUUGAUUUAUUUUUUCAUACAUUUUCCUUUUUUUUUUUUAAAUUCGAACAAUGUAUUAACUCAUAAAUUGUUUAAUGCCAGGAGUCCAUCCUAAAUUAGAAAUCAAUUAAAAAUAGAGAGAUCUUUUGCAAAAAUUAAACCGUAAGAGUUUGCUGUGAUUGAUAUAGAAUACAUUUCAGAUUUUCAACCCUGACUGAUGCUUAAUCAAUGUUGAUUCAACCAGCAUCAAAAAGUAGGUCAGAGUGCAGCGAAUGAGACGAUGCUGAUAAACUCCCAAUGAUACAGUUUUCUGAAUUUACACUAAACAAUCUGGCAGUGCAGUCCUGGGUUUUAUUUACAAGAUGUAAUGUUUGAGCCAACUUGGAUUUUUGAAUUAUACCAAAAAUUAACCCUUCAAUGGAUAAGUGAGAACUGGUUAUCAGUUUUUACUUUAAUUAUGAACAUCAAGACAGGAAUGUGCCCCCAAAUUAAAUAUGUCCUAUAUGUCCUGGAUUAUUAUUAUUAUCAUAAUUAUUAUUAUUAUUAGUAGUAGUAGUAGUAUUAUAACCCACUGUCAUGGUAAGCUUGUUUUUCAAAAGAAACGUUUUCAAAAUGUAGGAGUAACCCUUUCAGGAAAUAUGAAAGAAGGAAGAUGUACUGCUUACUUUGUCCUUCAUUCAAGUAAAACAUACCUCACACCUCACAACCAGUUGUGUCCAAAGCUUUACCAGUUCAGUCUCACCUCAUUCUGAUGUCGACUUAACCGCCAAGAGAAACAGAAGUGCUUCAGGUUUUUUUUUACCGGAGUCUCAUUAUUUCCAG